AUGGCUUCCCCACCAUCGACGACAACAUUAACAGACGCGAAUCCCUUGCUAUCUCUUUCCAAUGGGGACAAUGGCAACUUGUCUGCAAACGAUAACGAAGACGCACCUUAUGACAGUGAAUCCGACCUCUCCGAGGUAGCCGUACCCAUCGUCGACGAACCCUCACCGGCGACCUCAGCAAAUCACCAAUCCGAAUUUGGUGCACGAGAUACAGAAGCUUCAGAGUCUUCAGAUGCUGAUGCACAAGGCGAAUCCGAUGAUGCAGAUUUUGAUAUGGAAGACAGCCCUGCUGCUGUAGUUACGAACAGUGCGCGAGAGGAGCGCUCAACAUCAACAGACUCUCGCCGUCCUGCCAAGCGGAAAGUACCUGUUGUCGACCAGCACAUGCUAGCGAACCCUGAGCUUUUUCUUCUGCGUAGAAGCGGUCGAGAAGUCCAACAUCGCCCAAUUAUUGAAUCCGACGACGAUAACGAUUCCGAUUCCGACGUUGUUUCGGCCCGUCGCCCGAAGCGGAGGAAGCAAGAACGUUCGCGACCUGUCUCCAAAAGAAAUACGCCUGCGUUGCCUUCGGGCUCUGCUUCCGAAUCCGACAGCGACAACUACGGAGGCGCAAGAGCAAAGAAAUCGAAAAAGAAUCGUCGCCAGGUAAACGAUUCUGCCGGCGAAGCAGUCGUUCGAUGGAGUAGCCGUAGAGCCGCUCAAGUCACUGCUGGGGCAUACCAAGAAAGUGAUGCUGAUAUGGACGAUGAAUCUGAAAUGAUGACUCCGAAUCAAUGGGCAGGAGAUACCGAGGACAACACGCCGUAUGUUGACACUGUUCUGGAGCACCGUCUGAAGGAAAGUGAGAGUAUGGCCAAGGAAGAUCUUGGACGAGACGAUUUUGAGUACUACGUUAAAUGGCAGGGCAAAUCCCACUAUCAUGCGUCAUGGGAAACGACUACUACAUUGACAGGCGUGCGUGGUUUUCGUCGAGUCGAAAACUACUACAAAAAGAUCGUUCUCGACGACAUAUACAUGUCCCGUGGGGAUGAUAUCCAACCCGAGGAGAAGGAAAAAUGGAUGCUUGAUAGGGAGCGCGCCUCUGAUGCGCUGCUAGACUACACGAAGGUCGAGCGCGUUAUUGGUACCCGCGAAGGAGAGGAAGGUACCGAGUACUUUGUCAAGUGGAAAGGUCUCUAUUAUGACAGUUGUACAUGGGAAUCUGCGUCUCUGAUUAGCGAGAUCUCUCAAGAAGCUAUUGAUAGCUUCCUUGAUCGUGGUUCUCGAACUUUAUCGUCGGAUAGGCAUGAAUCCAAUCCGAAUACUCGGAGUGCUCACGUGCCUAUUAGAGAACAGCCAUCGUACAUUAUGAAUGGCCAGUUACGCGCAUUCCAGAUGACCGGCCUGAAUUUCCUGGCUUACAACUGGACGAAAAACAAGAACGUCAUCCUAGCAGACGAGAUGGGGCUCGGAAAGACGGUUCAGACAGUAGCGUUUACAAAUUGGCUGCGAAACGACAGAAACCAGCAGGGGCCGUUCCUCAUUGUCGUUCCUCUGACCACAAUCCCCGCCUGGGCUGACACGUUUGACAACUGGGCUCCUGAUCUGAACUAUGUUAUAUACAACGGCAAAGAAGCUGCACGAGCAACGAUACGUGAAUAUGAGCUUCUCAUUGACGGAAAUCCCAAGAGACCUAAAUUCAACGUCCUCUUGACAUCCUACGAAUACAUCUUAGCUGAUUCCUCGUUCCUAGCUCAAAUCAAAUGGCAAUUCAUGGCCGUGGAUGAAGCUCAUAGGUUGAAGAAUAGGGAGUCGCAGCUGUAUGUGAAGCUUCUCGACUUCAAGGCUCCUAGCCGUCUGUUGAUUACAGGCACACCAGUGCAAAAUACUCUGGGUGAACUGUCUGCUCUUAUGGAUUUUCUCAUGCCUGGCGAGCUUCAGAUUGAAGAAGACAUGGAUCUUAGCGCAGAGGCUGCCGGAGAGAAGAUCGCUGCUUUGACCAAGGACAUCGAACCGUACAUCCUCCGGCGAACGAAGCAAAAAGUCGAAAAUGAUCUGCCACCCAAGACCGAGAAGAUCAUUCGAGUCGAACUAUCUGAUGUUCAGUUAGAGUAUUACAAGAACAUCCUGACUAGAAACUAUAAAGCCCUCAACGAAGGCUCCAAAGGCCAGAAGCAAUCACUUCUCAAUAUCAUGAUGGAGCUCAAGAAAGCCAGUAACCACCCAUACAUGUUCCCGAAUGCUGAGGAUAAGAUCAUCAAGGGUAGCACUCGACGAGAUGACCAACUCAAGGGCCUCAUUGCCAGUAGUGGAAAGAUGAUGCUUCUAGACCGGCUUCUUGCGAAGCUGAAGAGAGAUGGCCACCGAGUCUUGAUAUUUAGUCAAAUGGUCAAAAUGCUUGAUAUCCUUGGCGAUUAUCUUCAACUCCGUAGCUACCAAUUCCAGCGACUCGAUGGUACAAUUGCCGCUGCUCCUCGUCGUUUAGCGAUUGAUCAUUUCAAUGCUGAAGGUAGCAAUGAUUUCUGUUUCCUGCUUUCUACGCGGGCAGGAGGCCUCGGCAUCAAUUUGAUGACAGCUGAUACGGUUAUCAUUUUUGACUCUGACUGGAAUCCACAAGCAGACUUGCAGGCCAUGGCUCGCGCUCACCGAAUUGGUCAAAAGAAACCUGUCAGCAUCUACAGACUGGUUUCCAAAGAAACUGUUGAGGAAGAAAUCCUUGAGAGGGCGAGAAAUAAGCUCAUGCUGGAAUUCGUCACCAUUCAACGUGGUGUCACGGACAAGGAAAGAAAAGAACUCCGCGAGAAAGCUUUCAAAAAGGGUGUAAUGGUCGACGACCCCAAGUCAUCCGACGACAUCUCCAGAAUCCUCAAGAAGCGGGGACAGAAGAUGUUCAGCGAUCAAUCUGGCAAUCAAAAGAAGCUUGAGGAACUAGAUAUUGAUGCAGUACUUGAAGACGCCGAAGAGCACAACACUGAGGUCCCAGAAGGAAUGGUCGCUGAUGGUGGUGAAGACUUCUUGAAGAGUUUUGAGUACACUGACGUCAAGAUUGAUAACUUGGAAUGGGAUGACAUUAUCCCCAAAGAUCAACUGGAAGCCAUCAAAAAAGAAGAGGAAGAGCGAGCUGAACAGGAAUUCUUGCAGAAUGCUAUCGAUCAAAGCAAACCUCGAAAAGCGGCAAUGAAAAACACUGCAGAAUGGGAACGAGAACAGCGUCUCCAAAAGAAGCGUGAACGAGAUCAGUACCAGCAAGAGGAGGCUGACAAGGAGUCGGCCGCGCUUCUUGCCGAUCCAAAGCGAGAGCUCAAUGAGAAAGAAGCCCGCAACCUCUUCAGAGCCUUCCUGCGCUAUGGUUCACUCGAGGAACGUCAAGAAGAGCUUAUCACAGAAGCUCGUCUCGUUGGCCGUGAUGUGGAGGUUUUACGCGCUGCCAUCAAAGCAAUCACGGACGAAAGUGUUAGACUUAAAGCUGAAUACGACUUGAAAAUUGAUGAGAUUCAAAAGACGGAGAACAAGAGUCUGACCAAAAAGGACAAAAAGGCUGUUCUUUUCGAUUACCUCGGCGUUAAGAGAUUGAAUGCCGACACUAUCAUUGAUCGUCCAGUGGAAAUGAGGAUUCUUAAAAAUCUGAUCAGCAACUAUUCUGAUUACAAGAAUUUUCGAGUGACGAAUGCGCCGAAGACUGCCAACUAUUCUUGUCAAUGGGGUCCUCGAGAGGAUGGCAUGUUGCUAGUUGGGAUUCAUAGACACGGCUAUGGUGCUUGGGUUGAAAUCAGAGACGACCCCGAUCUUGGCUUGUCGGACAAACUGUUUUUGGAGGAGCAUCGAGUCGAAAAGAAGGACGAGCGCAGCAAGGGGGAGGAGAAGGCCGCCAAGUCUCCUGGUGCGGUGCAUCUCGUCCGACGAUCUGAUUACCUCUUAACGGUUUUGAAAUCGCAAGAAGGAAAUGAGGUUGCUAAACGUGCUGUUGAAAAUCAUCACCGUAACAAUAAGAAGCACGACCGCAGCGUUAAUGGCCAUCGUCGAGCUGGGGACUCGGUCUCUGCAUCACCGGCACCGGCACCUCAGUCCAAGAAGUAUGCACGGCUCCCAGAAAGCCGUGAGCGAGAUCAAGGUCGUAGCCACAGCCAAAGUUACGGACGCGGUGAGCACAGCAAACCAAAUAUGAAGCGGAAGGACAGUACUCCACAUGAGGAAAGGCAGGCGAAGCAUCAAAAGUCCGACUCGCGUCAUCAAUCAAAGUCUGCAAAUGAACAUGAUCCAAUGAUGCGAAUCGUUUUCAAGCCUGUACGAGAGAGUCUUAAAAGAAUUCAAGCCGCCACCAAAGAGCGCAUCAAGUCACAGAAGGAAAGAGCCAAUGUAAUGAAGAGCGCGCUUGUCAAGAUUGGAGAUUUUAUCGAAAGCCAACUUCGCGAUUCAUCCCCAAGCCAGGUGACUUCUCUACGGCCCCGAUUCUGGAGCUAUGUUGCAACAUUUUGGCCUCACCCGUUCCCAGAUGGUGAGCGACUCGAAGGCAUGUAUCAGAGGAUUAAGAACCCGGACAAACCACCGAGUGAAGAGCAGCCUGCUACCAACGGCGCCUCUUCAUCCGCACGUCCACAGUGA